GUCAUUACUGUCAAAAAAUAUGAAAACAAAUAUAACCUAAAAUGUUGUCACAAAGUAUUAUAAAAUGUUUAAAUUGUACCAGUAAAGGAAGUAAAGUUUAUUCUACGUUAUAUUUUAGUAAAUUACGUUAUUCAAAUAAUGUAAAGUCUAAACUAUUUGUAAAACAACAAGAAAAUGCAUCAAAGAAAAUAGGUCCAUGGGGAUGGUUCUUACUGGUGAUACCUGCUUCAACUUUCGGUUUAGGAACGUGGCAAGUACAAAGGAAAAAAUGGAAAGAGGAUUUAAUUGGGAAAUUGCAACAAUUAACUCAGUCAGAUCCUAUAGCUCUUCCAGAGGAUUUAGAGGAACUCAAGGAGCUGGAAUAUAGGCCAAUUCAUGUCCGUGGUGAAUUUUUACACGACAAAGAGUUAUAUUUGGGACCAAGAACAUUAAUACUUAAAGGUGAUGCUUCCACAAAAAGUGAGCUAAUGUCUGUUUCAACACAGAGAAACCAAGGAUAUUUAGUUAUAACGCCUUUGAAGUUAGUGGAUAGGGAUGAAACAAUUUUAAUUAAUAGAGGGUGGGUUCCUAACAAUUGUAAGAAUCCAUCAACCAGGCAAAAUGGUCAACAAAAAGGAAUUGUUGAUGUUAUUGGAGUAGUGCGUUUGCAUGAAAAUAGACCCAAUUUUACACCCAAAAACCAAGUGGGGAGUAAUCAGUGGUACUAUAGGGAUUUGAACCAAAUGGCGCAAGUGACAGGUGCCUCACCAGUUUUAUUGGAAGCGACAAAUGAUUUUGAUGUACCACAAGGACCGAUGGGCGGCCAAACAAGAAUCUCGUUGCGAAAUGAGCACUUCUCAUAUAUUUUAACUUGGUAUAGUUUAUGCGGCGCAACUAGUUAUUUAUGGUAUAAACAGUUUAUUAAAGGUAUUAGGUUGUGAAGUGGUAAGGUUGUAAAUAAAUAGUGUACAGUUAAUAAAAUUUAUUCUCCUA